AUGUUGGCCCUUCGUGACCAGGAGAACCUGGUAAAUACUCACCAGACCGCCGCCGCAGCUAAGCCCUUGAACCAAACCUCGAAGUUUGCCCCCAAGACGCCGGGGAAGCGGAAUGAUGAGAACAACCCACUGGCCUUUGGAGGCCGCACCGUCAAGGGAAAUGCGAACCGCCUGGAAAAUGGGAAACCGCCCAAGGACGCGUUUAUCACUCCGAUGGAUCGCGCUCCAUUGGGCAUGAAAACGAACAACCCCAAAGCCAAGAACCUCCAGACACCAGCUCCCUUUGGAGGAACCAUCAAGACGAACCGACGACAAUCGACUGCGCAGAAGCUCAAGAAAGCCGCUCCAAUUACACAACAGCCUCAACUCAAGGUCCACAGUGAUGUUCCAGUUGAUGAUGUCCCGGAUAUUGAAUACAUGCCACCCAAGCCCAGAGAUCUCCCGGACCUUCCAGACGACGUGACGUACGAUACCACAUUUCCCCAGUUUCAGCCAAGGAACAGAGCUUUAGGUCUCGAGAGCGUUUACGGAAAGCAACAAGUUGGCAGCGAUGGGCUCACAGCGAAACAGCGCAAGUUCAAGGAGGAUUCGGCGGCAUGUGAUAAGAUGGUGGACGAGAUGAUUCUCAAGCAACUUGAGGGUGUUGGAUUCGAGGAACUUGGGGAGCGUGAGCCUGCCAAGACACGCAAACCACAAGCUCUUUGCUCGAAAGGGCCUACGUCCGUACGACAAACCCGAAGCGUCUCUACCCUUCGAUCCCGUGAGGCUGCUGCGGCGCUUUCAGGAUCUCAGCCUACCGAACCUCCCCGGACCACACCAACUCCCACGCGCAGAGUGGCGUCAUUAGCAUCAUCUGCUUCGUCGCUGAUCAUGCCGAAGAGACACGCCAGAGCCCCAUCGAACCCCUCUUCAAUGCGCAACACUGCCGCUGCUGCCAACUCCCGCACUACGGUUGGAUAUUCCAAAGGGCGUAGUGUGUCUUCCGACCUGCGAGAGAAGACCCAGGCACAGGGACCCUCGACCUCCCAAGCUUUAUCCCCGGAGACUUACAUGCAGCUUUACGGGGCCCCUCCGCUGGACUCGGAAAUGUGGACCCGCUGCAAAGCUGCCGGGUGUUUCGAUCCAGAACAGAACACCCAGGACAUGGAGGAGCACCUGCCAGCCUUUGAAGACGAAGAGGAUAGCUUCCAACUCACGUUGUAA